AAUUAAUUUAGUUAUAUUUUAAAGUGAUCAUCGAGUUUUAAUUAUUGCACCGUGCGGCUGUUCGCUUAAUAUGUAUAGUCGAAAAUCUAAGCAAUAAUAAAUACACUCCAAGUGUUUUGAUAAAAGAAUUAUAAAACGCGCGGCCCAUACUGCUACAUCUGAAUAGGAGUUUGCGCUGAGGGUACUUGCUGGGAGAUUUUUCCUCCCUUCGCUCAUUGGCAGUUUCUUAUAAAAGCCGAAACUGUCAUAAUAUUGUUCAGACUCUGUUCAGACGUUAAGUCUUACGUCCUACGACAUUCGCCCGCCUCCACGUUACAUACACAAAAUAAAAAUGAAGUAUUUCAUCACUAUUUGCGUGGUUCUAUGUACAACCAUACUUUUGCUGGAAAAUACAUCAACAGCAUCACCUCUAGAUAAUUAUCCCGAAAGAGAUUUCUUUGAUGAAGAUGGCACUCCUUUAUUGACAGACCUAGAAGAAUACAUGGAUAAAGAUAAUACCGCAGAAGACGAAGAUUUAAUAUACGGUGUUCCCGAUCUCGACGUUCAAAAGAGGAAAUUAUCGAUCUUUAAGUUUCGCAAAUCAUGUGUUCCAAGAGGAGGAAACUGCGAUCACAGACCAAAAUAUUGCUGUAACGGCGGUUCCUGUCGUUGCAAUUUGUGGGGCGUAAAUUGCAAAUGUCAAAGGAUGGGAUUCUUUCAGAAAUGGGGAAAAUAAUAAGUGAACGUUGUAAUAUCUUACAUCAAUUUUUUCUAAUUAAUAUUAUAUCGAUGAUAUGUUCAGUAUGCAAUAGUAUGUAUUUUUGCUUUCAAUUCAAUAAUAUAAUGAUAUACAUUUAAUUGUUUGUAAAUCAUUUUGUUUUCUUAACAAUAAACUCAAUAAA